UCGCAUCGCCCCGGCGUGGGGCUAGAAUACCCAGCAUGAGCUCCCCGCUGUCUUCCCUGGCGAAGGUCCGGAAGCUGCCAUUGCAGGGGUACCCCCAGAGUUACAGGAGAGGGGAGUUGCCGUUUGCGCCCAAAGUCUUCCACGAGGACAAGGCGUUGCUGAGGAGUGAUGACCCUUCUCCGGACACCCCGGCCCCUCCGCCGUCCCGGACCCCCUCUCCACCCUUCUCCCCGCAGAAGGCUGCCCGGGCCCACGGUUCCGCUCCUCGUAGACGGCUGGCCGGGCCUGUGUGUCCAGUGAGAGGUCCUGCCCCGGAAACCCUCCACCACGGACUCCCACCCAACCCUGCUCCUCACGGAAGACUGCUUGGGUCUGCGGCUCUGGGAAGCUCUCGGCCUGGAGACCCUCCUCCCCAGACCCCCUCCCGACCCUGUUCCUCGCGAAAGGCUGCCUGGACCCAUGGGUCCAGUGAGAGCUCCCAGCCCAGAGACCCUCCACCUCUGACCCCUUCCCCACCCUGUUCCUCGCAGAAGGCUGCCCGGGCCCGAGGGUCCAGUGAGAGCCCCCGACCUGGAGACCCUCCUCCCCAGAUCCCCUCCCCACCCUGCCCCUCACAGAAGGCCGCCCGGGCCCACCGCCGGAGUGAGAGCUCCCGGCCCAAAGACCCUCCUCCCCAGACUCCCUCCCUGCCCUGGUCCUCGCGGAAGGCUGCCCGGGCCCGAGGGUCCAGUGAGAGCCCCCGACCAGGAGACCCUCCUCCCCAGACCCCCUCCCCACCUUGUUCCUCGCGUAAGGCUGCCCAGGCCCGUGGCUGCAGUGAGAGCCCCCGAACUGGAGACCCUCCUUCCCAGACCCUCUCUCCACCGUGCUCCUCACGGAAGCCUGCCCGGGCCCGCGGCUGUAGUGAGAGCUCCCGGCCCAGAGACCCUCCAUCCCAGACCCCUUCCCCACCCUGCUCCUCACGGACUGCUGCCCGGGCCCAUGGGUCCCGUGAAGGCUCCCGGCCCAAAGACCCUCCGCCCCGGAUCCCCUCCCCACCCUGCUCCUCGCGGACGGCUGCCCAGGCCCGCAGCUCUGGUGAGAAGUCCCAGCCUGGAGACCCUCCUCUCCGGACCCCCGCUCCGCCCUGCCCCUCACGGACGGCUGCCAGGGCCCAUGGGUCCGGUGAGAGCUCCUGGCCGGGGGACCCUCCUCCCUGGCCUCCUGGCCCCCUGUGCUCUUGGGUCGGGCGACUUGGCAGUCCUGAGCUUGGCUGUCUUCUAGCGGCUGGGCCUGAGGACACGGAUCUGGUGACCUCCAUGGUGAAGAGGCUGAGGCAGCUGGAGCAGAGGGCAAGGACCCAGACUGCCGAAAUCCAUUCCAAGGACCAGAAAAUUGCCGACCUGGAAGAGAAAGUGAAGAGCUUCCAGAGAGGUGAUCCAGAUGGAGGGGCCCCUGCCUCCAGACGUGAGGAGGAACUGGAGAGCUUGUGCCUCCAGUUGCAGAGCCAAAUCUCCGCCAUGGAGCGGUUUCUGGGUGAUUACGGCUUGACGUGGGUUGGGGAGACACUAGAGGAGUGGGAAGAGGAGCCCCUGGCCCUCGGGCCCCUCUGGAAACCAGGAGAAUCCACGGUGCCCCGGGAUGUGGACUUUGACCUGCUGCUGAGCCGCCUGCGGGAUCUGAACAUCGUGGCUGGGGCGGGACAGCCGCGGGUGGAGCGCACGGCCUCCGGUGCCCGGCUCAAACUCCCGGACCCGCUGCCCCUGACGCUCUACGGGAACGGGAUCGUCCUGUGCCAAGGCCCCUUCCGAGCCUACUCUGAGCCCUCCACUCAGAAAUGCCUACAGGAUAUCCUGGAUGGUUUCUUCCCCUCGGAGCUCCAGACCCGCUACCCGGACGGCGUGCCCUUCCAGGUCUCAGACCGGCGCGGAGUGCUGUUCUUGGAAAAGCAUCCAACGGUGGCCUUCUCCGGUCCUGGGCGCAUGGUGGGUGCACAGGAUGCGCCGGAGGAGACGAGCCAGAUCCCAGGCCCCAAGCUCUCACUGGAACAGUUUCUGGAGCGGCUGCCGGGCCGCGUGAUCCGGAGCGGCCAGGUGAUCGACGUCCGGGACCCCAUUCGGAAGACUCUACAGGGUGGCGGCGGGCCCGGCGUCGACAUUAUGGUGGAGACCCCAGCUGGGAAGGAGAGGACCUCCGGACCCCAGGUACAGCAGCCGUCGGCUCCGGCCACAACCAACCUGCGAGUCAAAUCCGAGACGGGCGAGCGGACCUACGUGCUGACCAUGCUGUCCACGGAGACCAUCGGAGACCUACGCCGAUACCUCGCCCGGGCCAGGGACGGAGACCCCGCUGCCUUCGACAUUCUCAGUGCCUUUCCCGCCCGGGCCUUCGACGACGACACCCGGACCCUGGCCGAGUGUGGGCUGGUGCCCAAUGCCAAGCUGCUGUUAUGGCCGCCCCGAGGUCAGCGCCCGCCUGUAUAGUCUCUAAUAAAGGCCCCGGAUGGGCGGGUG